UCAAUUCAAUGGUGUCUACAAUGAGCUCAAGAGUCGGCAAAGUCUGCAAAACACUUUCAAAUCAGCCGAUACGCCGUCGACGACACGGAAGUCAACACUGAAUACCCAUUCAAUGGCUAAGAUCUCACCGAAGAAGGCGACACCACUUAAGAAGAAGUCGCUGAAGGCAUCGAAGAUCAGUGACUACUUCCGCCACAAAUCCAAUACGACUGCUAACCAAUUGACGACAACAGCGGUGGCAGUCGUACCGCCAAACAGUACUUCUGGUGAUAAUCGCGCGACCAAUACGUUUGACCACAAGUGCGAUGAGUGUCCGAAGAGUUUUGUGAGUCAAUUAAGACUAUCCAACCAUUUGGUGGCCGUUCACAAGCGCCGGGCCUUCCAGUGCCCGAAGUGCGAGUGGAAAGGCAUCAAUAAUCAGUCAAUGAUUAGACACCGAUUCAGUCACACCAGGGAUGAGAUGGUGGCCAUGGGUUUCAAUCAACGGGAAAAGAUCAUCACCACAUCCCUGGGCGCCAGUGUCAGCCAAUACGUGGUGUGCGGCUUCGAUGACUGUCCGCAAGUGUUUAAGACUUAUACCGGACUUUUCAUUCACAUUCCCGGCGCUCAUAACGUGGAUAAGUAUAGCGACUAUUUUGACAAAUGCAUGGAGAGGUCGGUGCCGCCGCCGCCCCUUGAGGUGGUGCCCAUCAAUAGGCAGGAAUUGGCACUCAGACAGUCCAUAACUGGUGAUCGAGACCUACAGGUGCCCUCGGCUAUGGCUAUUGAAUGGCACAAUGAUGACAACUCAGUGAAUGUAAAACAAGAGUCAAUUGAUGACCAUAUUAGCGGUGAAACAGAUAAUCAAACCUUCAGUUUUGCCUCAGAAUUACUGAAACAAAACUCGAGUAUUGAUAACACCAUUAGCUCUGAAAAUACCUCACAAUUGAUCUCAAAUGUCAGUUAUUACUGCAAUGAUUGUGAACUCAGUUUUCCGACGGAGUUAUGCCUUCGCAAGCAUUUGGGAAAUAUCCACAAAAACCCAGUGUUUGCGUGCGAUUCGUGCGAAUGGAGGGGUUGUGACCAGAGGUCCCGCAACACUCACAUUCUGAAGCAGCAUAAGAAUCUGGAGAAUAACCAGAAUUUAGGGUCCACCCCAACCACCACCACCACUACUACUACUAGCACUGCCAUCGUUAAGACUAAACAAUCGCCUCAAAAGGUUAAGAAAUGUGGGGUCAAAGGACUAGAAGUGCACUCAAUGAAGAAACACCGGAAGAAACACCGGCGCCUGCCUGUUGACAAUGCCGUACCCAAACCCGUACCCAAACCUACGAAAUGCAAUGUAAUGGCGCCGAUAGAGCAAUAUAAGGAGUCGCCCACAGACUACCGGUGCCACGACUGUGGCAUUAGUUGUUCCACUGAGUUAUGUCUGCGUAAACAUUUGGGUGACAUUCAUAAGAUAGCGGCCUUUCAGUGCGAACAGUGCGAGUGGACGGGCUAUUCAAAGAGCCAACGCAAGGGACACACGAGAAAGUUCCACAAUUAUCCGAUACCUAAACUCCCUGAACAGACUACCGGUGCCACUGAUCCGGACACACCGUUUUAUGGCGAUAAUUCCAGUAUGGGAAUGGCGUUAGCGGAAUGGUAUCAGAAUUUAGGACAAACUCCGUUCAACGCAAACACAGUUAAUAUAAAACAAGAGCCAAAUAAUGAGGAGUUCAUUGGGUUUGACAUGAAUUUCGAUGGCAUCGACACUCAAAACAGUUCCCAAUUGGAAAACCAGCCGACGUUUAACUUUAUGACCGCUUAUAAUGAGUUAUUAAGUGCGAAUACUAUGGGCACCGGUAGUGCGAUGCCGUUAUUUCCCACAUUUAGUGGACAGGUAGCACGUCCCACACCCAAGAGUUAUUCCCUGGGGUUUGACUGCACUCUCUGUUAUAAGAGCUUCCAUACGAAAGCCAGACUACGGCUACACAUUAGUAAAGACCAUAACCUUCCGGGCUAUGAAUGCGAACACUGCGAGUGGAAAGGGAUUAGUAUAAUGGCGCUGAAUAAGCAUAAAUUGAUUCAUACU